AAUAAUGCUAGCCAUUGAACCAUAUAGCGCGUGAGGUGUCAACACUGUCAUCAGGAAGAAUGUCGUCACAGCCAGGCCCGGAGGGCCAGGCAAAGCAGGCGACGUCGCCGUUCAGCCUUUUUAAGCCGAUUUCAUGGGCCAAGGGUGGCAAGAAGGUCAAGCAGGCCAAGCUGGGAGAGGAGAACAACAUGUACUACCACCCGGAGCUGAAACGCUGGGUUGAGAGGGGCAAGGAGGAUGAGGCCGCCGCGGAGGCAGCGGGCCCGCCUCCGCCGCCCGUGCUGUCCGGCGGCAGCAUCGCUCACCCCGGCGGCUCGGUUGUCCACAAGCGCUCGCUGUCCCAGCGCUACGUGCUGCAAUCCAACCUGUCCGUGUCUUCCAUGGGCUCCCUCACGGGCUCGCUCUCCCAGACCGACCUGGCAGGCAUGGCCGGCCAGGGCGGUGGCGACCCAGCUGCCGGCAGCUUCUCCCGCACCCCCAGCGGCUACAACAGCACCGGCCCCUCGCCGCCUCUGUCCGGCAGUGGCCUGCCGCCAAGCGUGUUUGCACCCGGCGCCAACACGGGAGCGAGUGCCGGCCCCGCCGCAAACUUCUUCGUCCCGGCGCCGCCGCAACGCUCGCCGUCGACGGGAUUCUUUGUGCCGCCGGCACCGGUGCCGCAGGCGGCCGGCGGCGACGGGGACGGGGAGGUAGAGGCGCAGGGCGAGACCGGCGAGCAGCAGUUCGAGCAUUCCGAGGCCGGGGCGACUGAGAUUUCGCUGGGGCAGGCGCUCCCAGCGGCCCCGGCGGACGCGGAGGCAGACGCCGACAGUGCGAUGCCCGUUAGUGCUGCCCGAGAGCCCUCGUACGGGCACUCGCUCUCUUUCUCUGACGCCCUGCGCGUGGACAGCCAGCAGCUGGAUUCCCCCAACGGCGUUGUGGGUCCGCGGCCGCUGCCGGAGCCCGGAGCUGAAGCUGACGGCGGCCUGCCCGUACCGCACGGCUUCGAGCCGGGCCUGCGUUCUGUUGAGCACGGCCACUCGGACGGCGGCGCGGCGGUGUCGUUGUACAACGGCAUUGCGCCCGGGGCCGAGGUCGAGGCGGAAGCAGAUGGCCAAACACCGCCAGCGCUUCAAUCGCUAGACGAAGCACAGUUCGCCGAGCACGAGGCAGGGGCAGCGGCUGAGGCGGAGCAGCAGCUGCAAACGGACGGCGGCAGCAGCGGCGGCGCAGUGGCGAUGGCGGUGGACGGGUAUGCCGGCCAGGAGGCCUCCACCUCCACCGAUCCUGCUGACGCCGCGUCUGCCACGCCUGCCUCGGCCUCUCCCGGCGAUGCCGCCUCUCAGUACUACUAUCAGCAGUAUGCCUACCUGUACCAGUACGCGCUGAGUCAGGGGUAUGCCGAGGCGGACGCAGUGACGUACGCGCAGUACUAUGCGACGCAGUACGCGCAGCAGUACACGCAGCAGGCGCCGGCGGGGCAGCUGGGCGAGGGCGAGGGCCAGCAGGAGCAGCAGGAGCAGCAACAGGAGGUGGCCAUUGGGCUGCAGGUGGUGAGCGGCGGCGACGCGGAGGGCGGUGAGGGGCAGGAGGCAGCUGCGGACGGGUCCGGCUGGGAGGUGGAGCUUCCUGAGCUUGCCGUGGGGUCCGCAACGGCCGUCGAGGAGCCCGAGCCCGAGGCGCCGCAACAGCAGGAUCAGAAGCAGGAAGAGCAAGUGCAGCAGGUGGCUAUGGAGGUGGAGCAGGCUUACGCGCAUGAGGCGGUUGCCACGACUGCGGCGCCGGGCCAGCAGCAGGAGGAGCAGGACGAGCAGCCGCUGGUGUUUACCCCCGCGCCGCUGCCUGAGGACCUGACCGCUGCCGCCUGCGCCGCGGCGCAGCACCACCAGUCCGCGGUCACUGCCGCAGUUGCCGCUGCCGCCGCCGCCGCGACUGCCGCUGCCGCGAGCCAGCCCGCGCAGCCAGAGGCGGCCCAGCGCGGCGCGCCUGCUUCCGCCACAGUAAGCGCACCUCACGUUGCGGCGGCAUCAGGUGGCGUGUCCACGGCGCCGCAGGUGCAGCUGCUGGGUCGGCUGGGCAAGCUUGCCUCCUCCGCCGUCACCUCGCUCGGCGCCUCCGCGGCCGCGGCCGCCGCGGCGGUGGCUGCCCCCAGCGCCCCAUCUUCGGCGCUGUCGCUGUCCGCCCUGGGCCUGGUGGGGUCGUUUGGCGAGCUGAGCUCUGACGACUUUGACUGCAUCAUGCACCCCGGGGACCCCGCCAAGCUGGACGGCCCGCUGCCGUGGGAGCUGCCCGAGCACCUGCGCCACGGCGCCACCGGCCGCAAGCUGCUGGCGCUGUGCUCCAACUGGCAGCGCGAGAACCCGGGCAAGCACUACACGCCGGCGCUGCUGCAGCAGCUGCUGGAGGCAGGGGCGGCGCAGGAGCAGGAGCAGGGCGGCGAGGGCAACGAUGCCGCGGCUGUGGCGGCGGAGGCAGCGGCAGACGGGCUAGUGGUUGUCGCGUCCAGCGAUGUUGCGCUUGCGGCCGAGGGCGGCUGCGGGUCUAGGGGCGCCAACGUCGCAGAGGACGCCUCGGCUGCUGAGCCUGAGGCCGGCGACGGCCUGUCCUCCUACGAGCGCGCGUGCCGACUCUCACAGUUUGGCCUGCCGGCGACGGAGCUGCUGCAGCCACACAAGCCUCAGCAACCAGCCGCACCAGCUUUGCAGACGCCUAAGCAGAUGCAAGCGCUCACACACUCUGUGGCUGUGCAGCAGCAGCAGCAGCAGCAGCAGCUUGAUCAGGUGGCUGAGCCGGCGGCGUCCGCUGUGGAAUUUGCUGUGGCGCAGGAGGCGCGGACGCAGGCACCGUCGCGGCAGGUGCCCCUGCAGGUUGAUAUAGUCAUGGCGCUGCAGGCCGCCGUCACGCAGUCACCCGGGGAGCUGCCCACCCCUACCUCCGCUCGCUCCGACGACCCCUUCUCCGGCACCGAGCACUUGCCGCGCUCCUACUACACGCAGCACCAGCAGCACCAUGAGCAGCAGCAGGACGUGCAGGAGGAGGCGGUAGGAGGGUCCAGCGUGGAGAAAUCGCCGCAGCGUGUGUACGCGGGCGCAGCGGCGCUGGGCCUAGAGGAAAUGAGCGAGGAGGAGAGGGAGUUGGAGGAGGUCGCCUCGCCUGGCACAGUGCCCGUGCAGCUGGCGGCGCUUGGCGAGGAGGAGGCUGCGGACUUCUUUGCUCACCUGGGAGAGGAGCCGGCGGCUGAAGUGCAGCCGGAGCUUUCAACCGCUGCUGCUGUGGAGGCGGAGGCUGCGGAGGAGCCCGCUGCUGCUGCUGCCUCUACGCCGGCUUAUGUAGUGGAGGAGCCAGAGUACGUUGUUGAGGAGCCGGCGGCUGACGUUAUUGAGGAGCCGGCGGUGGAGGCCGCUGAGCCCGUGGCACCCGCCGCCGCUGCGGCCGCCGCCGCCGCCAUUGAUUCGGUGGUGGCGGCACUGGAGCAGCUGCGCAGCAGUGCUGCCGCCACCGCCGACAGCGAGGGCGAGUCGGCUGAGGAGCGCACCGCGUUGCUGCAGCAAAUCCACGCCUCGCUGGCCAGCGCCACCGCGGCGCUGGCAGGCAUGGGCGUCGACAUCAGCGCGCUAGCUGCCCUCGCCGGCGCUGCCCCCGUCGCUGCCACCAGCCCCGACCACACGCCCGGCCCUGGCCACAAGCGCCCGCGCAAGGACGACAGCCCAGCCACCCCCACCCGGCCCACCGUCGUCAGCGGCACGGUUGAUGCAGUCGAGACUCCGCUGCUUGCGCCCGGCCCUAUGCUGGUUCGUGGCGCGGAGGGCGAUGACGUCGCUACACCCGCCCUGGUGUCAGUGCCUGGCCCCGGAGAGCGCUUCCAGCAGCUAGGCCGCGCGCUGUCCAAUGCGCGCGCUGACGUCGCCCAGUCUCAGCCGCAGCCGCCGGCUGUGGUUGUGUCGCUGAAUGUGGUCGCGGCGCCCGAGGUGGAUGUGUCGGUGCUGGAGGCGCGUGUGCGGGGCGAGGAGCGGCAGGCCUGGGAGUCCAAGCUGGCGGCGGUGGUGGACUCGGAGCGGGACGCGGCGUCGCUGGUGAUUGCGUCGGUGGAGCAGCAGCGCGACGAGCUGCAGUCUCGGCUGGGCGGUGCGGAGGCAGCGCUGGCGGAGGCGGAGGCGGGCCGCAGUGGCCUGGUGGCGCAGCUUGAGGUGGAGGCGGCGGCGCGGCGAGGGCUGGAGGAGCGCGUUGCAGGCGCCGAGGCCGCGGCCGAGGAGGCGCGGCGUGCGGCGGCAGAGGCUCGCGCGGAGGCGGAGGCGGCGCGUGCCGCUGCCGCUGCUGCCGAGGCCGAGCGCGACGCCAUGUCGGUUGAACUUGCGGCUGAGCGGACGGAGCGCGAAAGCCUGGCAGCGGCGCUGUCCGCUGCUCGCGAGGAGAGCUCUUCACUGCGCUCUCGCUACAAGGCCCGUUUCGCGGCUCUGAGCUCUGAGCUUGAGGCCACUCGCGGCUCGCUGUGUGAUCUGCAGUCGGAGCAUGACGAGCUGCUGCUGUGCCUGGGCCAGGAGAGCACCAAGGUGGAGGCGUUGGCGGGCGCGGUGCGGGAGGCGGGCGGCGACCCGGAGCCCAUCAUUGAGGCCAUCGAGGCCGAGUAUGAGACCAUGGGCCUGGGCGGAGGCGGCGGCUCGGGUGCGGAUAGUGAGGCGGCAGACGUCGGCGCUGGGGAGGAGCAGGAGGCAGCUGCCCAGGAGGUUGCGGCUGCUGAGGCAGCUCUGCUGGGCGGCGGCGAGGGCUGGGACUGUGCCGAGCUGGAGCUGGAGGGCGCGGUUUAAAAGCUGGAAUGCUGGAAUGGUAUCUUACAGUAGAAGCUAAAGAGUUUUGACUGAUAGACGAGCGGUAGUUGAAGUCAUGCUUAUACCCAAGUACGGAACAGACUGGGAAGUGUCGUGCUCAAAGGACGGUGAUCGUGUUUGUGCUCAGGGUCAGCUAGGUUACCGUGUUUAGGCAAUAGGGGCACAGACCUGUCAAGGCGGUCCUCCAUGCAUGCAUGUACCCGUCGCUGCGAUCAGCAGUGUGUCGGUGCAAACAGAUGCCGUAUGUAGGUCAUGAUUUAUGACAUCACCUGAGUGCUGCGAGGCGAGGGUAGAGGUGGCCUAGGCACUGUGAGUGUGAGAGCCCCGGAGGCAGGAGGCGAUAGGGAUUGCCAUAGCAAGCGGCUUAAACUGGCUUAAAUGAGGGCUAGCAAAGAGAUUAUCGGCAUUCUGCUCGCUGAGGGCAACAACUCAGCAAGCUAGCAGAAUGAGCGGUGACUGACAUUGUAAGGCGAUUGCCAU